AUGGAUCUUCGCGUCGACAUCGUCGAGACGAGGCUCUGCCUGGACCAUCGCAGGAGGUCACCAGGUAAGUUCUUCCUCAGGUAAGUGCAUUUGCUCUGUUUCUUCCUUUUGUCUGCUGAAGUUCCGCGUCGUACGCUGCGCUUGCUGCCUGUCCUUUAUAUGCUAGUCUGUCUGUUAAUAGCUAAACGACACCCUCGAUGCCUGCUGCGAUUGUCUGUCCGUCAGUCUAUGCCACUCUCUACUAAUAGCUAGGUGUUACGGUGCCUGACCUUGUGUGGUGCCCUCACUUUGUCUCUGACUGGUGACUGUGUCCGCUUGUCCACUCUAGUUCUAAGUCCCAUAGCGUUAGGUAGUGUGUAUGCUCUCUCCUACUUCACUCCCUCACAUCAUCACCUCACCACCAAGAUCCCAGGCUAAUUCGGGUCGUUCUCUCACUAACAAAAAUUCGUGGCCCAUAGUGGAGUCCGGCAGCCGUCUGGGAUAACCAUGCAGCACUGUUCAGGGAUGCGUUGCCUGCCCCCGCGAGGGGGAGGGGGCUAGAAAAGGUGCCCUAAAGAUCGCUGGGAACCACGCUGUCUGUAGGCUGGCCGUGGCCGCAGACAAAAAACACACGGUCGAAAAAGCCAAAACCGAAACAACAACAACAACAAUCACUCUCUUCCUCUUCCAGCCUAUUCUUCUUCUUCUCCUUCUCCUACUUUUCGCCGCCGCAGUCGCCAGACUGGCAGGGUGAGCCCGCUCACUCUGGCAGCCUGGAAUGUUCGUUCCCUUUUAGACAAUCCGAGGAGCAACCGACCGGAACGGAGGACGGCGCUAGUGGCACGAGAACUGGCGCGUUACAAGGUAGACAUCGCCGCACUCAGCGAGACCCUAUUCUCUGAACAAGGCCAACUGGAGGAGGUGGGUGCCGGUUACACCUUCUUCUGGAGUGGUCGACCCAAGGCAGAGCGACGAGACGCGGGCGUCGCCUUCGCCGUCCGGACCGACAUCGUGGGAAGACUGCCCUGUUUGCCGCAGGGAAUCAACGACCGCCUCAUGAGCCUCCGUCUGCCCCUCCGGCGAGGAGGCAAGUUUGCCACCAUCAUCAGCGCCUACGCUCCGCCGAUGAGCAGCCCCGACGCCGUCAGAGACAAAUUCUACGAGGACCUGCACGCCCUCUUGGCGACUGUGUCGAAGGCGGACAAGUUGAUUGUCCUUGGCGAAUUCAACGCCCGCGUCGGCACAGACCAUGCUGCCUGGAGGGGAGUGCUGGGUCCCCACGGUCUCCGCGGCUCCAACGACAGUGGUCUGCUACUGGUUCGCGCCUGCGCAGAACACCGCCUCAUCCUGACGAACACGUUCUUCUGUCUGCCGGAGCGAGAGAAGGCCACCUGGAGGCAUCCUCGAUCGCGCCAGUGGCACCUGCUGGACUACGUCCUCGUUCGGAGGCGAGAUCAGCGGGACGUGCUGGUGACGAAGGCGAUCGCGGGUGCUGACGGGUGGACCGACCAUCGCCUCGUCAUCUCGAAGAUGCGUAUUCGCCUCCAGCCUCGCAGGAGACCACAAGGUAAGCGACCCCCAGGUAAGCUGAAUGUUGCUUUGUUGUCUUUGCCUGCUCACCGUCUCCAUUUCUGGAAUGAGAUAGCUCAACGGCUAGACAAUCUUCCUAUCGCUGCCGCCACCGACGACGCCGCCGCCGCCGCUGCCGAGAACGCCUCCGUGGAGAACCGCUGGUGUCAACUGCGAGACACCGUCCAGUCGAAGGCGCUCGCCGUCCUCGGUCGCGCUCCCCGCCAACACCCGGACUGGUUCGACGACAACGACGCCGCCAUCAGAAAUCUGCUUGCUGAGAAGAACCGCCUCCACAAAGCCUACGUAGAUCAUCCCACUGAGGACAACAAAGCUGCCUUCUACCGCAGUCGCCGCCAACUUCAGCAACGACUGCGCGAGAUGCAGGACGCCUGGACUGCUCGCAAAGCUGAGGAGAUCCAAGGCUACGCCGACCGCAACGAAUGGAAGAACUUCCUCUCCGCGAUCAAAGCUGUCUACGGUCCGCCGAAGAAGGGCACUGCUCCUCUCCUCAGCGCCGACGGCAGCACUCUCCUGACUGAGAAGUCGCAAAUACUGCAGCGAUGGGCCGAGCACUUCCGAGGCGUCCUCAACCGCCCUUCCGUCAUCUCCGACGCCGCCAUCGCCCGCUUGCCGCAAGUGGAGACCAACGUGGACCUCGACCUCCCGCCAUCUCUCCAGGAGACCAUCAGGGCCGUGCAGCAACUCUCCAGCGGGAAAGCACCCGGAUCGGACGCAAUCCCUGCCGAGGUCUACAAGCACGGAAGUCCCCAACUGAUGGAUCACCUGACUGCGCUCUUCCAUGAGAUGUGGCGUCAAGGUGAAGUCCCGCAAGAUUUCAAGGACGCAACUAUCGUGCACCUAUACAAGCGCAAAGGGAAUCGCCAAGUCUGCGACAAUCACCGCGGCAUCUCCCUACUGAACAUCGCCGGGAAGAUCUUCGCUCGCAUCCUGCUCAUCCGCCUCAACAUCCAUCUGGAACAGGGCCUUCUGCCGGAGAGCCAAUGCGGCUUCCGUCGUCAUCGCGGGACCACGGAUAUGAUCUUCGCAGCCCGCCAACUCCAGGAGAAGUGCCGGGAGAUGCGAACCCACCUGUACUCUACCUUCGUGGACCUGACGAAAGCCUUCGACACGGUGAAUCGUGAAGGACUUUGGAAGAUCAUGCAGAAAUUCGGCUGUCCGGAGCGAUUCACUCAGAUGGUGCGUCAGCUGCACGACGGUAUGAUGGCGCGAGUCACGGACAGCGGUGCUGUCUCAGAGGCAUUCGCAGUGACCAACGGAGUGAAGCAGGGAUGCGUGCUGGCACCAACCCUCUUCAGUCUUAUGUUCUCUGCCAUGCUGAUGGACGCCUACCGCGACGAACGCCCUGGAAUCCGCAUCGCCUAG